AGGUGUCCCCAAAUAUCAGUUCGUUUGCUGAAACACCGACAAAGUUUUGGCCAAAUUAAGCCUCAAAAUCACCCCAGAAUGCAUGAAAAUGACCCAACAUCACACAAGGGGAAAGAUGAACAUUCCAGCCUUUAUGCAGAUGCUGUACAGACCUAAUUGAAGAGAAUGAGGGGAGUAAAGAGGAGGAACAUCAUGUCAAAAUUGAGGAAAAAACUCAAUUAAAGACUGAUGGUAUUUUAAAAAGGAGAGAUGAGAAUCAUUUCACCUGCAUCUGCACUCAGUGUGGAAAGAGUUUUGAAAGAAAAGGCAGUCUUAAGAUUCAUAUGCAGAUCCACACUGGAGAGAAACCAUUCACAUGCAAUCAGUGUGGGAAGAGUUUCAGCCAAUCAUCACACCUUAAUGAACACAUGAUGAUCCACACUGGAAAGAAACCAUUCACAUGCACUCAGUGUGCGAAGAGUUUCGUCCGGUCAUCAUCCCUUAAUCUACACACGAGGAUCCACACUGGAGAGAAACCAUUCACUUGCACUCAAUGUGGGAAGGGUUUCAUCUGCUCAUCACACCUUAAUCGCCACAUAAGGGUCCACACUGGAGAGAAACCAUUUACUUGCCCUCAGUGUGGGAAAAGUUUCAGCUGCUCAUCACACCUUAAUAAACACAUGAGGAUCCACACUGGAGAGAAACCAUUCACAUGCACUAAGUGUGGGAAGAGUUUCAGCAAAUCAUCAUCCCUUAAUCAACACAUGAGGAUCCAUACGGGAGAGAAACCAUUCACAUGCACUAAGUGUGGGAAGAGUUUCAGCCAAUCAUCAUCUCUUAAUAAACACAUGAGGAUCCACACUGGAGAGAAACCAUUCACUUGCACUUAAGCCGCGGGCACACUGGACUUUACUCCCAAUAGACAUCUAUUCAUACACACAAAUGCGUCAGACCGAAAAUGCAAGUUCGUGUGUCAAGUUUCGCAGUUCACUGCAUUGCAAAGUUCAAACUCUGACCUGCAAAAUUGCAUAACUUGACUGCGUGAGACCAAUUAAAGAUCAAAACAUGACCUCUGGACAGAAAUGUAAAAUAUGGACCAAUCGCUCACUUUUUUUAAUAUCUAAUCAUCUUGUUUAAUCCCGCCCUUUUUCGCAGUGCCGUACAACAGAAUUUCGCAUGCUCAAACUCUAGUGUGACCGCAGCUUCGGUGUGGGAUGAGUUUCAGCAACUCCUCAGACCUUAAUAAACACAUGAAGACCCACACUGGAGAGAAACCAUUUACAUGCACUCAGUGUGUGAAGAGUUUCAACCGAUCAGCAAACCUUAAUGAACACAUGAAGAUCCACACUAGUGUGAAAGAGUAUGUGCUUUGAGUGUGAGAAGACUUUUAUUACAGCUCCAAAAUUGAAACUGCACCAGACGAUUCACACUGAAGAGACCGUACAAGUGUUCACACUGUGACAAGAGGUUUAAUCAUUUAACACAUCUGAAAACACAAAAGAAGAUUCACACU